AUGGCGGAUCGAACUUUUGUUUCCAGUAACUCAAACGUCGGCACGAAUCCAUGUCAACAGCAAGUCUUCUCUUUUCCUACCAUUAUUUCUCUACCGGCAGCUGGUGUUGCUUUCAACAUUUUGACUGUUUCAACUGCAGCUGAAGAAGAAAGCAAAAUGGAUGGUGACCCGCCCACUGCGACUGUGGUCGUUGAAAAACGCAUUCUUGUGAAGGAUGCAAUGGAAAUGGACACCAAAUCAGCAUACGCCAUUGCUCUCGAAAGUUGCAAUAAUGGACACUGUCAAAGCACGGCUUCUAUUACUGAUGCCGAUAACUCGAUGGCUUCUUCAAACGAUGACGGAAAGAUACACAAACCGCUCUGGAAGAUCAUCGAGGCCAAGGAUGACUUGCCAGAAGCCCCUGACGGGCCCAAGCGAGAGUGGGAACCUGUUUAUCAUUGGUUUCAUAAUAUCAGCAAGAAAGAAGCAAAGGCAAAGGUGUUGGAAACAAAUGAUGGAGAUGGUGCAACGGCCUUACACUCUGCUUGUCUCAAACAGGCACCUCUUGAUAUCAUUCGGAAAAUCUUGGAUAUCGGUGGAGCCGAGACUGCUAAAUUGACCGAUGCACAUGGAAGAUUACCACUACAUUGCGCUUGUAUCUUCGAAUCCGACUUGAAUGUCAUUCAACACCUGAUUGAUUUCUAUCCUGAUGGUGCUUGUCAGAAAGAUAUAUAUGACAAAUUGCCACUCCACUAUUUAGCUGCCGAAGACUAUUGCAACCCGCAGGCUAUGCAAGCUCUCAUUCAUGCAUAUCCUGAUGGUACCCGAGUCAGAGAUGGAGAAGGAAACUUGCCCCUACAUCUGGCUUGUCGAUACCCUAGCGGCUUGCAGGUCAUUAAGGCUCUCACUGAUGUCUAUCCUGCUGGCGCUGGUGAAAAAGAUAGCAACGGAAGCUUGCCUGUACAUGAUGCUUGCCGAUACAAAGGCACACCCCAACAGGCCAUUCUACAUCUCAUCGACAUUUAUCCUGAGAGCGCUGACGAGUGUGAUAGUAGCGGGAGAUUGGCCGUACAUUUGGCUUCUUACCGUGGCUUCUUCAAGGUUGUGAAAGCUCUCAUUGAUCUCUACCCUGAUGGCGUUUGUGAGAAAGAUCGUGACGGAAGGUUGCCCCUUCACUUGGCUUGCAAGCAGUCGCCGGAUCCGUCACAGCAAGUCAUUCUCCAUCUCAUUGAUGUCUAUCGUGAUGGUGCUGCUGACAAAGAUAUUGACGGAGACUUGCCCCUUCAUCAUUAUAUAGCUUGCCAGCAGUCCUUCGACUUGCAAGUCCUCGCGGCUCUAAUUGCUGCACACCCGAAAAGUAUGGAAGAGCGAAAUAUUCAUGGCAGAACGCCCUUUCAGUCUUCAAAGAAAGGAAGUGACGGGGCAAGCAAAUAUCUUCAUUAUAUUCUACACAACGAAGGUUACUGGAAUGGGGGUAGUGUUCUGACAGGUGAACGGAAGCUUAAGAGUUGCAUGGAAUACAUGCCACAUGAAAUCUUUCUCAGCGCAAUCUCUCAAAACAUUGACUCGAAACAAUUGGUCCCGUUGUUGAACCGAAUGUCAUGCAACCAAGUGGCAGUCUUUUACAUCAUGCGAGACUUGUACAUUUACGUUGCUCUGAUUGUGUCGUUCAUAAGUGCCACAAACCAGUAUCUUCUGGAAGAAGAGCCAAACCUUGGGUGGGCAAUUUCUCUCAUUCCUUUGGCAAUUGUGCUAUUUCUAAUCGAGCUACUGCAGCUUUGGCGACGAAAAAAAAAUGGCGAAACGGCGGCGUAUUUCGUAGAUGUCUGGAACUGGAUUGAGCUAACUGCUAUUGCUCUCAUCCUGGCGUCAGCAGAAAGGCUGAUUAUGGAAGAGUAUGUUCAACUGGAUGGCGAUACUGAAAGAACGCGGCGUUUGUUGAUGUUUACUGGUUUCUUUCUCUUUGGGUCUUUGGUUUCCUUUAUGAAGAAAGCCUUGUUACCCUUUGCUACAUUCGUGGGCGGUGUCAUGUUCAUCUUAUGGGCACUGAUCCCUUUCUUAGUCAUGGCAGGAAUGACUCUCGUCACCUUUGGGUACAUGUAUUUUGUAUCAUACAGCGAUCAGGAAGGCUUUGAAACCAUGAUGGCUUCGUUAUUUUCCGUCUUUUCAGCAGUUAUUGGUGGUCAGCAUGACGCAGCCGUUGGCUUGUUGGAUAUUGUCUUUGGCGUGGUGACGGCGAUUGUACUACUGAAUGUUUUGAUUGCCAUUGUCUGCAAGGCCUGGAAUCAGGCAAUUGAACGAAAGUACGCAAGAGCAGUAUUUUGGCAGUAUCGCAUCGCUUUCAUUCUUGAAAUGGGCAUUGAUGAUUUGAACGAAGAAGCCGAGUGGGAUUCAGAGGACAAACUAGUCCUCGGACCUGUUGGACUUCGGUUCAUCCUUCGUUGUAUAUCACUGGCCUUUAAAUUCGUUCUUGGCGUCUUGUCUUUUGGUUAUUGUUGGCCAAUGCACAUGCGCAAGAACUUAUUUGCUGAAAAGUUGGAAAUCGAUGAAGAAAGUACCGAAAAGGCUGAAACCAAAGAGCUGGUAUCACUGAUCACAGAGCAGUCAACCAAGCUUGACAAAAUGGAUGCUGAAAACAAGCAGCUUGUUAACAAAGUGGUCGGCAUGACAGCCGAGAACAAGCUGCUUUCUUUCAAGAUUGCCGACAUGAAAGCUGGAACUUUUGAUCUUGCUCUUGAAAUGAAAACUCUACAGUCUCAGAACAAUCGGAUACUUGUGCUUUUGGAGGGUCUCUCGAAACAGGAAAAUAAAUAA